AUGUUGAAAAGUACAUUGAGAGCUAGUCAAACUAUACGAAAUACGAGGCAACUGUAUUUGACGAUAUUCAAACAUUAUUCUAUUGCAAGUAAUUCAUCAUAUCUAGGAGAUGCGUUGUCUACAGAUGGUUCCAUUCCAACAGUUGAGUUAGCUUAUGAUAAACACUCACCAAAGGGUGGUGCAGAGGAUAGACUUUCCCCUUUAAUAAUGUUACAUGGAUUAUUUGGUUCAAAGGCCAACACCAGAACUAUUUCAAAACAAUUAGCCUCUAGAUUAGGUAGAGAUAUAUACUGCUUAGACUUACGAGACUUCGGAGACUCUCCUCAUAUUGCCAGACUAGACUACCCAUCUUUAGCAGCUGACGUCGAAAGAUUUAUCCAUGAGCAAAAGCUCCACAAGCCUAUUCUUGUUGGACAUUCUAUGGGUGCAAAGACAGCAAUGGCUGUCGCUUUGCGUCGUCCAGAUCUUCCAAGUAUUAUCGUUCUGGUGGACAACGCUCCUGUUAGUUCUCAUUCAGGAUCUACAUCUCCUUUUUCAAAAUAUGUCAAUCAACUUAGGCUUUCAUUGGAGAAAUACCAUUACAGUAACAUUAAAGAUGUUGAUGCCCAAUUAGCAAAAGUUGAAAACUCCGAGCAAGUUCGUCAAUUUUUGCUAACGAAUCUUGUCCGAGGAAAAAAGGAUGAUCCUAUAAUUUCAAGGAUACCUUUGAGUAUUAUUGGUGACGCAAUUACCAAAGGAAAAAUUGCCAGCUGGCCAUUUGAUCCGAACUACUGUAAGUGGAGUAAUGGAUCGGCUUUGUUCAUCAGAGGCACGAAUUCCGAAUAUGUUCCUGAUGAAUAUUUACAAGACAUUGGAGCAUUUUUUCCUAAUUUUGAAGUUAAGGAUAUUGAAUCUGGUCAUUGGGUGAUCAGUGAAAAGCCAAAUGAAUUUGCCGAUGUUCUUAUAGAAUUUAUAGAAAGGAAAGAAGAUAUAUAG